AGCCCUUUCCAACCCCCCAAAGUCCCCGCUACCAACGCCUUUGUUUCGCAUGGCGUUGGAAUGGCCUCCGGAGCUUUGCUUCGAUGGACUGUACACGACUUUCUUGUGCUGUGGCCCUGCCGACCUGGUCGAGGGCCCCUGCUGGAAGAGCCCCAGCGAAGCCAAGCGCUGCUGCCACGGCCGAGCCCUCUCGCUGCGAGAGGAGCUGGUCUCGCAGAUGGAACGCCUGGAAACUCAGUGGCCCUGGUGCGGCGAGGCCAGCAACUACGUCCACAAACGGUUCAUGUCGCAAGGCAUGCGCCCAGGAGCGGCACGGCAAGAGGUCUCAGAGGAGGAUGAAGCUGCCCGCGCCUUGUAUCGUUUCGGCCGCUUGAGCGGGCACCCGAACUGCGGGCCGGAGGCGCUGCGCGAGGACGACGGCGCGGUGAUGUUGGAGGCCUUUGACCGGUUGGCAGCACAGGUGCCCAUGAGCCGAAAACUCGUGAACCUCGGCGGCGGCAGCUGGCGCGAUCCCCUCUGGGACUUGGCCGAGCACCGCAACGCCUCGGGCCUCUUCGUCGAUCCUUUGGGCCCUCCGCGCAACGAGACGCCGCCCGACGCGAAGCGCGUGCGCUUCCUCCGGAGCUUCGCGGAGCCGGAGAAUCUGGCGGAGCUGCUGCGGCGCGGCGGGCUGCAGGUGGGCUUUGAUCGAGGCCCUCUACCAAUCGAUGUACUGAAAGUCGAUGUGGAUGGCUGCGACUGUGUGUUAGCAGCCUUGGCCCUGCGCUUGCUGCGCCCCAAGUUCAUCAUCAUGGAGAUCAAUUGGAGCAUUCCUCCGCCCUUGCGCUUCGUGAGACAAUGCCAUUCUGACUGGAGCAAAUCCUGGGCCAAGUGGAGCUCCGUGGGGUUUCGCUUCACCAGCCACGGCUGCUCCUUGAGCGGUGCCUCGGCGGAGUUCGCCCCCUUCGGCUACAGCUUGUGGCGCCUGGCGGGCAUGGUGAACGCCGUCUGGGUGCAUCGGGAGGUGGCUCAUCUGCUGGGCGCCGAAGUGGACGAAGUGAACUGCUUCAAUCAUGCUUGGCGGAGCCCCGAUUUGGUGCGCUACUUGCACUGGAGCGUGAUCCAUGAUUGGCGCACUGGCCCGGUGCGUGCCGCGCUGGCACAUGCCUGGGGCAACUUGACAUGCUAUGAUCGAGUCUUUGGGAUUGAUCACAUCCCCUUCUCGCUCGGCGUGUGACGGUCCAAAGAGAAGCGAAGCGUUCUAUGAGCACGGGGCGAGGACGUGGGUCGAGAGAGCCCGGCACCAGUAGCCCUUUCCGGUCGCCCUUUUUCCAGGUUUGGGUGGGAAUUCCAAGAGGGUCUUCUUUGGGGAACUGUUCGAUGGCCAAGUUGAAGUCGCAGGUGGUGACCUGUUGGAGGGUGUGUGGAGAUAAGCGUAUUUUCCCUCGCCCUGCAAAGAGGUCGGGCUACGUGUUGCCGGAGUCGAAGC